AUGACAAAGAAAAGUAAUAUAGAGUUAGAUCUGAGAGUAAAAGACAAGGAGAAAUCCGAUAGCAAAGAACUAAAGAAUGACAUGACAAAAGAGCUGGUACAAGAACUAGAAAAAAUAUUACUUGUUAUACCUGUAUUAAUAAAUACUGAGAUCAUAGAAAAUAUACAAGGGUUAAGUAAAAGUAACAAACAUAAAGAAAUACCAAUAAGAGCAUGGUCUAGGGAAAGAAGAGACAAAGACAUGUUAAAAGAGAGAUGUUUUCUAAAUAAAAAAGAAAACUCUAGAAAGCAUAUCCUGGGUUUAAAUAAAUUCAAGAAGAGAGAGACAAACGAAGCAGUUAGAGAUCAUAUACAAAAGCCUAGAAUUGAAUUCUAG